CACCGAGGUGGUGCCCGAGUAGCUGAACGUCAACACAGACGCGGAUAACUGAAUGAAUCAGUAGAAAAGCAAAACGUACCUCAAUGAAACAGGGGAAUGUACCGUUACCGAUAUAACUCCAGCCCAAAAAAAAAAAAAAAAAUCAGCCUCUGGCAGUGGGCGGGGCUUAGCGGGCUGUAUUUAUAACCAGCGUGUCACUGACGGAUCACCCAUCAACGCCUAGGAGUCUGUCCAACCUGCUGUUGAUGAUGUGGGGAGCCACACUGAUUGUGUUCUUCUUUGUGGCGGCACAGGUGACAUCACAUGAAAUUAAAGUCGAAUGCCAUAAACAAAUAAGGAAUGGGCCCGCUCCUGAAAGUGAUUUCUCUCCAUCCUUCCUGAAGGAGCUGGGAGGGGAGCUGGUGAAAGUUGGAGGAAAUAAUAUGAUGAACAUAAGCUGGGCAAUCAGCGUUGAUGCCAGCCUGAAAUAUCUGACAGGCACUCGAUUCAUAAAUUCGGGUUCACCAACGUACCAUUGUCAAUACAACCCAGUUUUGACCAAGGCAAACCUAACAGGAUCAAAGGUAUGGUUUCAUUAUUUAUUCAACGCAAGUUGUGGCAGCAACUUCCUCCAAGCUGCCAAUAUCCCAGUGCCUCAAGUAAACAGCGGCAACCCUAACAAAUGGACCAGAAUCGUUAUACCUUGUUCAAAACCGCAUACUAUACAACAUUCUGAUGUGACUUCAGAUAUGCAAAUAUACACAACAAAAGAAACCGUCCCUGGUGUUGUCACCUCCACCAGCAUAAAGUUUGCCAUUAUCGGAGGAAUCGCUGGUUUGAUGAUCCUGAUUACCUGCUCCAUAAUCUAUAAAUACUUUGGAGCCAACUUUGCCAACUCAUUGGUUUUCAAAAGGUUGCCCACAGCUCCCAUUGCUCCCGUCCCUGUCCUGGUGGUUUACCCUGCUGUUAAUUCAGCCUUCCAGCAGGCUGUGGUGACCCUGGCAGAGUUCCUGCAGGGGCAUGGCGGAUGCGGCGUGGCAGUUGACAUGUGGCAGCAGGGGAAGAUCGCAGAGCUGGGACCCAUGCGCUGGCUGGCAGAAAAGGUCAUGACUGCACAGAGAGUGCUUAUCGUCUGCCCACAGACUCAUUUACGGACCAGGGCCUCUACACCCAACACAACCCUUCAGGAACCCUCAAUCCCAGCUGCAGCUCAGGACCUUUACCCCCUGAUUCUCAACAUGGUGGCGAGCCAUGCCAAGAGCACCAGCGGCUUGGCUCAGUUCUGGGUGGUGAAGCUUGGAAAGCAACAGGACAAAGAGCCUGGUGAUCUUCCACUCGAACUCAGAGCCUGCAAGACUUUUAGUUUGAUGAAGGACUUAAACAAGCUGUACAGAAAGCUGCAUUCCAAGAGUAAAGAUAACAAGACAAUUUCCGAUCUGAUCUUCGGACCACGGGUUGCCUACAGUGAAAAGUGUACAGGGCAGUUAAGGGAAGCUGUCGAAAAGCUAGAUGGACAGCAGUCAAGCAUUUUCAGAGAGAAAGAACCAUUGAAAUCUGUGGUUGCCAUUGUUUGAACAUCUGAAUUAAUUGAUUUAUAAAGAGGGUGGGUCGGGAUAGGUCAGUGGUGAGUAUUUUAAUGUAUGGUCACCCUCAUCAUCAUCAUCAUCAUCAUCAUCAUCAUCAUCAUCAUCAUCCUCAUGUAACCUGUUGAACACAAGCACAAAGAAAGAAAAAAAGGCAUCAAGGCAACUUCUAUUAUUUUGUACAAUAAACAAAUUAAUAAUAUA